AUGAGUUUUAACAAAGAAAGUGCAGGUGAUUCGAAAAACUCAGCGCGCGGGUUGUCGGACUUAUCUGGUGAAUCGUGCCGCGUUGGAGUGCGUAUACCUCCUUUUUGGCCUCAAGAACCAGCAUUAUGGUUUGCUCAAGUCGAGGGACAAUUUGCUUUAGCGAAUAUAACGAACGAUGUCACUAAGUUUUACUACGUAACAUCACACUUAGAUCACAUCUACGCUUCGGAAGUGAAGGAUAUAAUUAUCGCUCCACCCGAAACAAAUAAAUAUGAAAAGUUAAAGACCGAAUUAACAAAAAGAUUAUCCGCAUCUCGGGAAAAGGAAGUGCAGCAACUAUUGAUGCAUGAGGAACUAGGCGAUCGUAAACCGUCUCAGUUUUUACGACAUUUACAACAUCUGGCCGGACCUAAUAUACCGGAAGAUUUCCUCAAGACUAUAUGGACCAGCCGCUUGCCUAAUAGCAUUCAGGCAGUCCUAGCAGCACAGCCAACCACUCCUUUAGCGACACUAGCGGAAGUAGCUGAUCGAGUAAAUGAUAUUGUUCCUUCCUCUCCAGCUGUUGCGAGUGCUUCGAUGUCAACUCAAAACACACUCGAUCAAAUGGCAAAAAUGAUUGCGGACCUCACGAAGCAAGUACAGGCUUUAAAGGUUCAACAGUCAAGACGGCCACGAUCCAUGUCUAGGGGAAGAGACAGACGUAAGCGCAGUUCCAGCAGAACACACUCCUCUCACGAGAGAUAUCCUUACUGUUGGUAUCACAAGAUACAUGGUUCUCGAGCAAGGAGGUGUGUUAAGCCUUGCGAUUUCGCCUCGGGAAAUGCUCCGGACAGUCGCUAA